AUGAAUGAUAACUAUAAACUGCAAGAUAACCUGAUGGAUAAGAUUAAUCCAUACUUCCUCUCUCAAGACAAUUCCUUCUCUGACUGGAAUAAAUGGAAUUUGGUAUCCUUUUUAGAAUAUGUGAACGAGAGAAAAACCUUGUCAUUUAGUGACAAAAGAGAACUACAUCGAAGGUUUAGGGACUCCAUAAAUGCAAUUUUAAAGUCAGACGCGCUAGCGACUAUGAAGAAAGCGAUCAAGGAUCUUAAGAAGGAGACAUGUUCGGUCAGUGUCGAUUUAUUCUGGAAGAAAGUUAAAACGGAAGAGAAAAUUGCUGUUACGGAGGCUGAAUAUCAGCAUAAACAAGCAUUUCUUAAACUAAAGAAUAGAGUAAUUGAGAGUCGCGAAAGAGAAGUAAAGAAGGAUGUGAAUGUAAUUAUAAUCGUUGAUAUGAAGGCACUGUCGGUGUUGGAUGCUUCCACCACAACAUCACUAUCUGAUAAUACUUCUACAGCACUACCACCUCGUUAUACUCCUACAACACCACCUUAUAAUGAUGUUUCCACCACAACACCACCAUCUGAUAAUGCUUCCACAGCACCACCACCUCGUUAUACUCCCACAACACCACCUCUAUCACUAUCUCAUUAUACUCCCACAACACCACCUCGUAAUGCAUCACCACCACCAUCACAGAAUAUUCUUAAACAUUCUUUUGAUAUUUAUGAGAUAAGAGCUUUGGAGCAAUCAGUGAUAUUGCAUUUUGAAGCAAAGAUGCAAGAAUAUAAACCUAAGAAAGCUUUAUCUGUAGAAGUUAUGAGAAUUUUGAAAAUAUUUAAUGUUAUAUCUUUGGAAGACCUUGGAAAGGCACUUAACGAAGUCAAAAUUGAUUAUAAUAAUUUGGAUCGUGAUAUUAUCUACUUGUGUCGUCUUUUCAAAAAAUUAGACCUACCGGAAAGCUGGUAUAACAGUCACAUCAUAGCACCAAUCUUUGAUGACUGCCUCGAAUCAAUAGAUAAAUGUGAAGUGAAAAGCUUUGUGCAAAAGCUUCUUGAUAAAAAAUCAAGAAAAAAGAAGAGAUAUGAUAAGAUUUUAUCUUUUAGUAAACAAUUUGAAUUUAUAUACAUAGAGACAGCAACAACUUCUAUACUUUCAAAAUCAGAUAAAGAUUUAUCGAAGCUACACAAUGCUAUUAUUCCUAUGUUUAAGCAUAUGGUAUCUACGUUACUGGAAAAAUUACUACACGAGAUUUCAUCCAUGCCUAUUCUUUGCGUGCAAUUUAGUGGAGCAAGCGUUGAA